AACUCCUUUGAGGUUUCUCACUGAACGUUCAUUUUUUCUACAAAGUUAUUUUUUCUUAUCUUUUGCAGGACAGGAAAGAAAAAUGUCGUUCAGUGGGACCCAACAGAAAUGCAAGGCUUGUGAUAAGACUGUCCAUUUCAUUGAUGCGUUAUCAGCCGAUGGUGUUGUUUAUCACAAGACAUGCUUCAAAUGCAGUCAUUGCAAUGGCCUUCUUGUGAUAAGCAGCUACUCCUCCAUGGAUGGAGUCUUGUACUGCAAACCUCACUUUGAGCAACUUUUCAAGGAGACCGGAAGUUUCACCAAGAAAUUCCAAUCUGGAAAGCCACAAAAUGAUCAGCUGACGAGGGCCCCAAGCAAGCUAUCCUCCUUAUUCUCUGGAACCCAGGACAAAUGUGCAGUUUGCACCAAAACAGUAUAUCCACUAGAGAAGGUUACUGUGGAGGGAGAAUUCUACCACAAGUCAUGUUUUAGGUGUUCUCAUGGGGGUUGUUUCCUAACACCCUCAUCCUACGCCGCUUUGGAAGGAAUUCUUUACUGCAAACACCACUUUGCCCAGUUAUUCAUGGAGAAGGGAAGCUACAAUCAUCUCAUCAAAACUGCUUCAAUCAAGAAGAAUGGACAACCACCAAUUGGACAGAAACCUGAGACGACACAACGAGGAACCCAAGUAGCAGUAGACCCAGAAAACGACAAUUAGGGAAGCAUAUGCGCCGCAAGAAUUAUAGUAUUAAUGUUUUGGUCAAUUUGUUUGUUUGGGACUUCAAUGAGACUUUUUUUUUUUUUUUAAACAAAAGAUUUAUUUAUUUCUAGUUCGGUUUUUCCAACGUAGAAUGCUUUGGUGAACAAAAAAAAAAUGUGGGGAUUUUCCCACGUAGAAUGUUGCUCAAUUUGUCGCGAGGAAGGACUUGCUUUUGCAUAAAUACACUGCUCAAAUUACAUUGAUUUUUGCAGCUUUAU